GGUAGGUAGGUAUGAUCGAUCAGUUGAUUUAUCAAUGAAUUGCGUGCCAAAGGCUGGCCCACCCGGGGCUAAAUGAACGGUCCAUACAUACCAUUAUUGACCAAGGGCGUGGGUACAAUGUUUUUAUCGUUUUAUGGCCCAAAAGCGAAACACGAGGCUCUCCGAAGUUCCCGUAUGGCCCAAACAAACAACAACAACAAGAUAUUUUUUAUGUAGGGUUUAAGAAAAAAAAUCUAAUUUAAGUGUUGCGAUGUUUCUGUGCGGGCCGUAGUACGCUAAUCAGCCAAUGAGAGCGCGCGUCGCUGUUUAGACAUUCAAGUGACUGCUUCAUCUUUACAGAGAGCGUCCAAAGCUUGAAAUGCUUACGUUGUUGCUAAUUUGGGAUAAGGCCAAAAUUUUUGGAUUAAACUAAAUUAUGCAAUACUCGCGUUUACAGAUAUAAACUAUAAAACGAAAUUCGUACCGAAUCGAGUAGAUGGUGUUUUAUAAUCAUUUAGUUGCGACUUUAGAAAAAGAGACUGCUUUUUUCAUAUUAAUUAUUUUUAGAAAAUGGCCCUUAAAAACUCUUUUAGUUUUCGUUUUUUGACGUAAAAGAAAAUACACACAACGAUCUGUCUGCGAUAGUCUGACCCAAUACGAUUGUAAAAAAAAUUAAGAACGGUAAUUAAAAAUUGCAAACGAGUUCCAAACUAUCAUCACCAUUCAACCAGACUAAUACCACUAAAAAGGUUUGGCUUGCUUUGGCCAGGUGAAGAUAUUAAUGUUAUGCUCUGUUUAAGCUUCCAUUUCUGCUCUGUUUAAGCUUCCAUUUCCUUUCGCUAAGUCGCUUAAAAGCUUCAACUGAACAAACAAUCACUUGUAUCAAGCCAAAGAGGGUGGCAAAUAUCCCAGUUUUCCAACAUUUCCGUUCUUGUAUUACCAGCGACAAAUCAAACUCUAAGAACAUAUAACAAUAACCUAAUACACGUAUCCCUUGGAUAAGAGAUUUUCAUUUUGAUAACGGAAUUUGCGACAAAUGUUCUUCACACAAGCAAAGUUUUUGCCAAGUGUAGAGAGCGUCACCAAACGAAACCAUAUCUUCAAUUUCUUUCUAGGUCACUGGACAAUUUCUUUUAAACGCCACCUUACAAAAAAAGUUCAUGAAGCUGUUCGUUAGAUCUACGCUGAAGGGAUUUGGAAGCUUUCUUGGAAACAGCACUUUUUCGGUCGAACAGUUAGUAUAGCUAGCACAACUCACAGUAUCGAUCUACCAGACGGUCAUGUUCAACGCGACGUCAAACUGUUCUCUCCCUCAGCGAGACCUCUGUUCAAACACUGCGCACCUUGUGUAUGUCGUGCUCAUCGGAUCGAGCACUCUGAUGGUCAACAUUUUGGUUGUCGUAGUUACAUGCCUUAUCUGGACGCAGAACAGUUCACCCGACAUGAUCUUGAUUUUUAACAUGUCAGCGUCUAGCCUUGUAAUGUUAGUUGCGCUGCCGUUACAUCACUUUACUAUAACCAAUGUGGACCAGUAUUUAAGUUGCGACAGCUCAAUUUAUCAUAUCUAUAGAUUAAAGUACGCUGUUCACUACGGUGCGAACUUUGCGACUCUCCUGACGCUGGUUGCCAUAGGCUACGAUCGACUAGAGGCCCUCACCAAGUUUCCCGGGCAGAGAAAGCUGACAGUUAGUCGCGCAUGCAUGGUUGUUGCGAGUGCGUGGGGCGUGGCCGUAAUAUUAGCAGCAUUCUUAUUUUAUUGGCCUCUUGAACUUCAGUGCGAUCGAUUUUGUUUCAAGCCGGACUUGACACUUGUUUCUGAGGGUAGCGAUGACGCUGCUUCUAGCCUUCCUAGAAUCAUUAUUAUUUCUGUCGUCAUCGCUCUUUGCGCUGGAUUAACAGUGACAAGCCUGCUAAGGGCAACCUGGGUUGUACGCGCACAUCGACAACAGAUCGAGGCCAUGUACGGGGUAGUACGAGCGCAAGCCGAGGUCGACUUCACCAAAGUAUGCUGUGGGAUAGGACUGACUUAUGUCAUGACAUGGCUACCAUCCGGGAUCACCAUUAUUGCCCGGUCUUUGAGCCCAAGUGCCACCAUAUUGUGUAUUAACCUCUGGGCGAACUCUCUCGCCUUCAGCAGCGCGCUCCUUAUUACCCUUAUUUACAUCAGAUUGGAUAAGCGUCUUUGGGCGGUUAUAAAGGCUAGAGUUCACACAGCGCCCACAAUAGAAGAAGAAGGAAGUAGUACACACUCAAGGGAGACUGGUCAGACCACGGAAAUCAACGCUUCACACUCAAGGGAGACUGGUCAGACCACGGAAAACAACGCUUCACACUCAAGGGAGCCUGGUCAGACCACGGAAAUCAACGCUCCACACUCGAGGGAGACUGGUCAGACCACGGAAAUCAACGCUUCACACUCAAGGGAGACUGGUCAGACCACGGAAAUCAACGCUUCACACUCGAGGGAGCCUGGUCAGACCACGGAAAUCAACGCUUCACACUCAAGGGAGCCUGGUCAGACCACGGAAAACAACGCUUCACACUCAAGGGAGCCUGGUCAGACUACGGAAAUCAACGCUUCACACUCGAGGGAGACUGGUCAGACCACGGAAAUCAACGCUUCACACUCGAGGGAGACUGGUCAGACCACGGAAAUCAACGCUUCACACUCGAGGAAGACUGGUCAGACCACGGAAAUCAACGCUUCACACUCGUGGGAGACUGGUCAGACCACGGAAAUCAACGCUUCACACUCGAGGGAGACUGGUCAGACCACGGAAAUCAACGCUUUACACUCGAGGGAGCCUGGUCAGACCACGGAAACCAACGCUUUACGCUCAGGGGAGCCUGGUCAGACCACGGAAACCAACGCUUCACACUCGAGGGAGACUGGUCAGACCACGGAAAUCAACGCUUUACACUCAGGGGAGCCUGGUCAGACCACGGAGAUCAACGCUUCACACUCAAGGAAGACUGGUCAGACCACGGAGAUCAACGCUUUACACUCAGGGGAGCCUGGUCAGACCACGGAGAUCAACGCUUCACACUCAAGGGAGACUGGUCAGACCACGGAAAUCAACGCUUUACACUCAGGGGAGCCUGGUCAGACCACGGAGAUCAACGCUUCACACUCAAGGGAGACUGGUCAGACCACGGAGAUCAACGCUUUACACUCAGGGGAGCCUGGUCAGACCACGGAGAUCAACGCUUCACACUCAAGGGAGACUGGUCAGACCACGGAAAUCAACGCUUUACACUCAGGGGAGCCUGGUCAGACCACGGAGAUCAACGCUUCACACUCAAGGGAGACUGGUCAGACCACGGAGAUCAACGCUUUACACUCAGGGGAGCCUGGUCAGACCACGGAAACCAACGCUUUACACUCAGGGGAGCCUGGUCAGACCACGGAAAUCAACGCUUUACACUCAGGGGAGCCUGGUCAGACCACGGAAAUCAACGCUUCACACUCGAGGGAGACUGGUCAGACCACGGAGAUCAACGCUUUACACUCAGGGGAGCCUGGUCAGACCACGGAGAUCAACGCUGAGACAAGUUUCUAACUCAGGUUCAUCCGAUUCUAGAACGCACAAAAGUGAGCCAUAGUGAGCACGAUAAUGCUGGAAUCAAGCAAGAAUGCCCUGUCAAGUGUUGUAUAUAGGCCUGCGAUGCUCCGGCCAAGACAGGCUUUUGGUGUAUAUGUUUUCGUAGAAUAUUGUAUUUCAACGAUUAUAAACAGUUUAAUAUCGUCGCUUGUUACAAUAAACGAAGUUAAACCUCACAUGACGGCUCUUAUACUCUUGAUUUGUUUUAAACAAAGAAACCAAAAAUAUAUUUGCAAUACGCGAAAUAUAUUUUUAAUAUGAGCAAUAACUUGAAAGAGCAAACCUUUGAAAUAACCUGCCACCCAAAUUCGUUUCAUUGAUGUAUUAAUGGCUCGUUCUCUAAAAAUUAAGACUUUGUAAAGCAAUUGUGGCAGGCUAAUUAAGAAUUUAUAGAAUACGUCUAUUUGGAUUAUUUCAGUCUGUCUGGAUGUUAAAUUUUUCGGUUACUCCCGUGACAAGCGUAAUCCCUUAGUAUGAUCAAAAGAAACUCUUAAUUUUAAGAAGAGCAAAACUACUCCGUUUUUAUGGAUGCGUAUGUCAAUAACAAUACCACCUCAACCCUGUUAAUUUGUUUCGACGAUAUCAAAGCCGAUGACCGCAUAUGAAGGUCGGUUUCUGGACCCUUUACGGUCACUUAGUAGUUUCUCUGCAGACGGCUCCGAUCACUGGCGUAUUCAGAAAAAGAAAAUUUUCUCUUUAAAUUGCGAAAUGUAUCUCAAAAUCGCAGGCAAAUAAAUAACGCAC